AUGGUUCAAUUGAACUCUUCAAGUGCGUCUCGAGAUGAUCUGACUGUCCACUCCCUAAUAAUAAUCAACAAAGCUGGCGGCCUAGUCUACAACCGCUCCUUCACCUCCACUCUCCAAAAAGUCUCCGUGAACGACCUGCUUGUCCUUGCCGGUACAUUCCAUGGCGUCCAUGCAAUCGCAAAGUCGCUGACCCCCUCCACCCUCAACAUCCCCUCGAGAGACCGAACAGGCAUCGAAGUCCUCGAAGCUGGCACGUUUCGCCUGACAUGCUUCCAGACAUUCACAGGAACGAAAUUCUUAUUAUUCACGGAGCCGCAGCAGCCUAAUGUGGAGACUAUUAUGAAGAAGGUUUAUGAACUGUACGCGGAUUAUGUGACGAAGAACCCUUUCUAUCAGCUAGAGAUGCCGGUGAGAUGUGAGGCUUUUGAGAGACAUUUGGGGAGUUAUAUGAGAGCGCGAUGA